AUGAUUAUUCUUAUCAUAUUCUCUCUACUGCCUGUUGGCCUUGCGUCCAUUGUCGACAAGUUCGAGAACAAUGGAAUUCUAUACAAGGAGCUGGGAAGGGCUAAAGUCAGAGACUACCUCCUACGUAUUGGAUUGAAUAGGAAAUUGCAGAAGUUCCAUCACGAUCUCUGGGCAUUAUUUCUCUACAACAGAAUCCCACUGGCAUUCUUCGAUCUCGUCGAUAAGAAAUGGCUUGCUGAUGGUGAAGACCUAUCCGAGUUCUCGGAGAAAGUUGCUGCGUUUCCGGUGAGAUGUGAUCUUGAGUGGAGAGCAGUGGACCUGCUGCUCUGCCCCAAUUUUGACGGAUUCGCACAGGACGGAACUCUCUAUGCGAUCGCCCAUGCUGGUCAGUUUAUGGCAGAAGGUCAGAUUUACGUUCAUCAAGAAGUACCCGAACAUGUAGUGAUGGAUGGAAAUGGAAGCCUGGUACCUAUCGACAUCAACGACUGCAAAGUUAUGGACACAUCGAUACACGUGUGUAUGAGCAGAGCAGUGAGUAGUUGCGACGCCACGACAAUGUCCGAAUGCGACAUCGUCGCCCAACGCACAACCGAUGGGUUCAUGGCGAUCAGGAACUUCGGCAUGGGCAAAAUCGUCGCCACCAAUCUGCCGGAAAUUAAUCUCACCGGUACUACCGUUAAUGUCCCCACUCCUACAUUCAUCCAUCACACACUGUAUCGACUCGAAGUAGAUGGUGACGAACGAAGAUACAUCCCUUACUCAAAAGUUACUCCAGUUAAAAUCAAGGCCUCAUUCCCCAACCUGUCGUACAGUGCGACAAAGGCUGUCCUGUCAACCAAAGAAACUGUUCGUUUGUACAACAUCACUCGCAAAGGAAUUCCAAUGCUCAGCAACCAGGCAAGUACCCUUCUUUGA